AUGUCGCGUACUCCCAGCAACGUGAUGUUUCACACAGAGAAGAUACGGGUGCGUUCACAACGUCCCUCGCUACCAGUGUAACCGCAAAGUCGUCGCGUAGUUCGUGAUCGUUCAAUGAAGUAUCGAUCUAGUUUGACUGCAGCGCCUUGCUACCUUUAUGUGUUGUGUUCUGAACGUUGUCUUGGCAAACGGGAACUUAAACGGGUGUUCACAUCGUUUACGUUGUGUUACAUAUAACUCGUUCGUUGAAGUCGGCUGCAAGGUUCCUGGAGUACGACACACGCUGAAAGGUACAUUCAAUCUUGCAGCUACAGCGCGGAGUGCAAUUAUGAAACACCUCAUUUUGUGCGUAGUGCUGGGAACGGCAGCAUCAGCAUAUCACGUCAGCCUCAAUGAUGUACUCUAUCCUGAUGACACAUCAACGGAGAGUGAUAAUGAGCAAGAUGACUUCAACGCAGCAUUCGUCAAAAGCCUUCAGCUCUCUCAAGCCUACGGCAGGCUCCUACACAAGGCGAAACGGUACGAAGAGUCUGGCCUCAAUGUGGACCCAAAGGCGUUCAGUCAACAGCGACAGGCACUGCUAUGGGAUGGAGUACAGCUGAGAAGGAAACACCCUCUUGCACUGCCGCUAGCUGCGCGCCUAAUGGAAGCCCUUUACCUUGUCAGCAUCAGCCAUGGUCAUCCUCACAAAGCCAAGUCCGAUCUAUCUUACCUUGGAAAGGCUUUGGUUAAUGUCCUUGUUAGUGAAAAAGCAGAGGCCGUUCUGAAGGCAUUUGCGAAGUUGGUUCAGGAAGGUGGCAUCUGGGUUUAUGCACCUCCAGUUGACGCACCACAGUUCAUACCGACUAUUUAGCUUCACAUGCGUGUUCUUCGGGUCUGGUGGAUACAUGAGCAAGCGAAAAUGUGUGCUCUGGAGAAUGGCUAUGGUUCCAGAUAAUUUCUCCUUAAUUAGAUUUCACGAACCCUGAUUACGUGUACGUUCAACGUAUUGGCUUUUUAUAGUAUUGGCUACAAGGAAGUGAAGCGGCAGUGACCUCGUACUUUUAUACAUUGUAUUGUAUGUAAUAGAACUCAAAUCCGCUGCUUCGCUAUGCUAGGCUAAGCUAAGCAGUCGUAACGUCAACUUCUUGUCUUUGUCCAUGUCCUUUGCUGCUUCGAGCUCUAAUGCCAGUUUACCAUCUACUCAAACUUCAUACUCUUGUGCUGUUUUUGAUGUAUGCGGCUGAACAGAAUACAUCAAGUCAUGAUGUCUUGCUCAGCAGGUAAAGUAUGUAAAUAUUCAGAAAUAAAGCAAGUAUGCAUACUACACAU